UAAACUGCUAUUAAAAAUUACAUUGCAUACUUCUGACAUUAAAUCAGCUUGGUUUAUAUGAAUUGUUCACUGGCCAAUUUCCCGAUCUCAAGAAAUAGUUGACCGAAAAAAAAUGCUUUUUCUGAACUUGUCAUUAAUUUUAAAUCAACUUUGAUUCUAAACUCAAAUUUGUCCAGACACAUUUAAUUAUAAUGCUGAGAAGCCGUAGGAAUAAAUAAUAUGCGAUCCAUAAGAAAUCUGCAAAUAGCAACAAUAAAGGUCCAGUAAAGGUCAAUAUAGGCUUAAUCUGGGGUCUCUGUGUUGUUGCAUUGAUAUCUAUUCCACAACAAAACAACAAUAAAGAGUAAACUUGCUUCCAAACGAUUAGCAGGAAUUGCCAGAUGGAGCUGAUAGCUUUGAAAAUCUUUCACUUUACUUUUUUUAAUAUUUUGGAGUUUGCAUGUAUAGCUAGUGCAGUUGGAUGGAAUUGAAAAGGAUUCAAUCUUAAAAUGCUAUCUGUGAUUUCAUUUAAUAGAAAAGCACACAACACGUGUUGUAAAACACGGACGCACGCACAUAACAGGUCCAGAAACAGGAGUACCCGGAAAAAACCACAGACAGUCUGCUGUCCGAAGACGGAGAGAGUUUAAAGAAAGUUGAGAAGAAGACGAUGUUUUAUUCAUUCAUUGAAACACCUAUCUGAGAAUUAUCGACCGACUGGUAAACGCUCAAAAAAUAUGAAAAAAAUUCGGCGUGCAUUGACAGUUUGCCUCAUUGCUGUCGUCUGUGUGAGUCUCAUCUGGAUAUCAAGAAAUAUCAAUGCGGGUCGGAGCUCUUUACACUUCGUGCAGCCCGAACCGAUUUUAAUAUUUAGGAAAUUUCUAAAGUAUCCCUGUGUCAACAACAGUGCUCAAGGUAACAUCAGCAUGACUUCUUUUGUGCCGCAGUCCAUUGUUUUGAAUUCAGAUGUUCCACUCUGGCAAAGACACCAGACAAGCCAGGGUAUCCUGGGGUACCCAGUGCCCCUCAAUACAUCGCAACAUGGAGACAAUGACAAGACAUAUGAGGAAGUGCAAACACCCGACCACUGGCCAAAGUUCUCCAAGAAUUACUACAAGAACCCGAUUCCAGAGAGCCCCUUUCAUCCCAAUCACACCAUCCGGUGGGAGUUUGAUUCCAGUCAGCUACUCAAACGACCCGAUGUUAUGAGUCAGCCUCCAAAAAUCAUCACGUGGGUGAGAAAGCCCCGCCAUAUUCCGUUUCUUCCGGAACCUGUGCGCCUGCGCGUGUGUCCGGAAAUGCCUUGUCGUGUGACCUCUAACCCGUUAUUUCAGGAGCAAAGCUCGGCCCUCUUGUGGUCUGUGGAACACAUGUCGGAAACAGAGCCACCACCGAGAUCGUAUCCCGAUCAGGUUUUUGUAUUUCACAAUCUUGAGCCACCGAGGGCCGGCUGGGUGUGUUCCUCCACGUAUCGCCUGGAUUCCUGGAGGUCAGCCUUUAACUGGACCAUGAACUAUAGGUUUGACGCCGACAUUCUCAGUCUCCAUGGCCUGGUGGUCAAGCGAAGACGUCCAGUCAAGCGGAACUACACGGACAUCCUGGCCAGGAAGACCAAGUUCGCUGCCUGGGCUGUCAGCAGUGUUAUAGAUCAAAGCAGACGGAAACAGUUCGCCGCCAUGCUGCAGAAGUACAUCCCCAUCGACAUCUUCGGGGAAAGUUCUGCACACAGAUGUCCUCGAAACCAAGACGACGCCUGUUUUCAGACAUUCAGCAGGGACUAUAAGUUCUACCUGGGUUUUGAAAACUCCUUGUGUAAGGACUACAUUUCUGAGAAAUUCUUCCGCUAUCUGAACUUAGACACGGUGCUGGUUGCACGAGGCAGCAACGAUUACAAGUUCCACGCUCCUCAAAACAUCUUCAUCAACACGGCGGACUUCCCAACAGUCAAAGACCUCGCCGACCAUUUGCUGUACCUCGACAAACACCCCGAAGAGUACAUCAAGAUUCUCGAAGCCAAGGACGAGUACGAGGUUCUGUUCGAGGACUACCCGUUGCGUAGAGAUGACGGGCGAGUGUUCUUCAUGCAUUACCAGUACGAGGCCACAGCUUUCUGUGAGAUGUGUCGCCGUCUGUGGAACCUGGACUCCUACAGACAGACCAUUCCAGAUGCAGGAAAGUGGUUUGAUAAAGAGCUGUGUUAUGAGGCCACAGAUUUACAAUAGUAGAGUAGUUUUAAAAUUUCGAACUCAAACGAACUGUCAAGCGAAGCGUGCGAUCUUUAUUUGUCGAGUUCAAGUACAACCGUUACUUGUUUUGACAAUCAGAAUCUUGAGAACUGUAGCACCAUGGCCUGCGAGGUCAGCUGACGGUCAACUUUGACCUGACCUUUGUAUCGAUAGUAUGUAAAGACGGGGUUAAUAACAAGGACUCAUUUAAUACAUUUCACUAAACUGUGUAUUCAUAAUAUAGUAAGGUAUGGUCGCUGGCGCUGUGCUUCGUGUAUGUGAGCGAUAAUAUUUUUAAUGGCAUUUUGGAACACUUUACAUUAAAAAUAUUCUUCAUAAAUUAUAUUUUGUAAUUAAUGUAGCUGUUUUACGAAAACAUGUUUAUGUCUCCAGCGAUGACAAAACUACAUAAAAGUCUCAUAUAAAAUUAUUAAAAGAAAAUUAUUUAUAACGUUUAUAUCUGUGGUCCCAACAAACAACCAAUAUAUUUUUGAUAUUAAAGUUAUGUCGAAAUUGUGACUUUCAAGAUAAUUAAUUUUUAGUUUUAUUUCAUUUCAAAACAAUGUUUACAGUCAUUAUUUCAGUGGAAUAAAGUCAAACUGCUUUUUCUUCUUAACUUCAACACUUGCACGCGAUAUCGCAACAAGCAAGCACAACAUCAACAAAAACUUCAAACAUUUAAAGCUGCGGUGAUCUGUACAGAAGGAUAGAUAAUGUAGCGAGUAAUGGGACUGAAUUUUCUGUAGUACUCUCCCUUGUAUUUGUUUGUAAGAAUGUUUAUUGUUCCUAAAAGCACAUACACACUGUCACACCCGGAUGCACACACAUGCACACAAACACACAAACACACAUACACGUCUGUGCUGUCUGCAGCAUGGAGGAUGAGGGGUAAUUGGGUUUUCCAUUUUUAUUCAAAACAACUGGAAUGACAAGAAAAGCUUCAAUGAUACAUGCUGACAAUUGAGUACUAAUACUCGUGAGUAAAACUCAGCUCUUAGUACGAGGAGGUUGCCAUGAUCUGUUGUCAUACGGCUUUUCUGUAUUCGUACUUGGUAAUCUCUGGCUACAAGUUUCUAUGAAUGGCCAUGCUUCAUUCAUUCUUGGUUGUUUUCAGACCUGUCAUUAAUUCACGUAGUUUCAAAUAUCUGAAUUUGGAUUUAUGUUGAUGGUUUUUUCGUGUAUCAUUAAUAGCAUGACAGUUUUGAUGACGAAGCUGAAAGUGUAGACCUGUGUAUACCAGUCCCUGGAAGUGAGGGCAAAACGAAUGUGUGUGGGUGAAACAAAUAAAAUGAAAAAAAAAUCGGCU